AUGGAAAGGUUCCUCUCCGAGACUGAGACCCUGGCACCAAGCGGUGAGCAAUGGAUGACCAAGCCUGGGAUGCCAUCCGGGCAUGACAUCGUAGGCUCUGAUGAUGCAGGUACGGAUGAAGAUGUGCAUUUCUCAUCAGAGAGACCCUUUCAGCAAGACUGCGAAGCAACUCUGGAGUGUGGUCACCUAUGCCCAAUUCAAUACCACCGUUUCGACCAUAAACUGGUGGCUUGCACGGCAAAAUGCGGCCAUAUCUACGUUUGCUGCAGUGUCACAUGUGGUCGAUCAUGCAAAGACCACCAUGAGCACUCCUGCAACUGCAUCGUCGAAGUGACGAAAAUCCAAAAGGUUGACGACAACGAGGAGGAUGAGAUUCAAAAGAUGAUCGACGAUCUUGGAAAAGCCGCGCUUGCUGGCGAAUUUUCUCGUGGCCCGCUGCGUGGCCCCGUCAAACAAGGACGUGCGCCUGCCAGACAAGGCAAUGGGGCCCUUCGUUACUCUCGGGGUUCAUACCUGAACAAGGGUAAAGAAGCCCGACGAGGCUUUCGAGACUCCCGAGCUACGCCAGUAGAUGCGCCGCAGGAUUUUGAGGCCCGGCAGAAGUGGCAUGCAUUUGCGAAUGGCGGUGCGAAGGAAAUGGACGGUCACCUUGAUGUUUUGUACAGAGCAACGGAUGCAAACUCCGAUGGCGUAUGGAAUGCAGUUGCCAGUCUUGACAGAUCCUUCAUUCCCAGAGCCUUUUGGUCCGUCAAAGAGGCCCAGGAGCUCCAGGAUCAAGAGGAGUCAAAGAAGAUGCUCAAGCGAGAUGAAGAGCUUCGGCAAUUCCAGGAUCUCAAGGACGAUCAGCAGGCGGGGGAUUACAAGAAGCCCGAUGCUAAUGUAGCUGAGGGAAAUCUCCUGGACUUGGACUAA